UGCAGCACUUCCUUUAUAGGAGAGUUCACACCAGCUCGUAGCUGUGAGACUUUGAGGUUUGUGUUACAGAAAACAGAGCAAAGAGGUCUGUGUGUCCUCCCUUCAGUACAACAUGUUCUACUCUACCAGCAGCAGUUGUUUCUUGACCAAUAUGGCAAAACUGAGACUGUUCUUUGUUCUUCUUCUGCCACUAACUGUGAGUUCUGACGCUGAAGAGACUCUUGUGAAAACCAUUGGGAACAAACCAGAUGUGACUCCAAUCUGCACCAAUGAAACACAGCAGAUCAUCACACUUGUAGUUUGUAAGAUCAGAACACAGAUGAGAGGAGAAGAGUGUCGUCUGACAUAUUAUCUUGGAAAGGGUUUUAUACCUGAAUGUGACUCCAGAUUCACACUUAUGAUGGAGAAUCAAACUAUGUUUCUCCACCUGACCAGUUUAACACCAGUGGAUAGUGGGAACUUCACCUGUGAGUGUUCCUUUCCUGGUGGAACAUUUACUCUCUAUCUGAAUAUCACUGUGGAAGAUGUUGUAGAAGAUGAAGACGCCAGAAAUUCAACAUUAACUCUACAUGUUUUGAUUGGUGUAACUACAGUCACCAUAAUAACUGUAGUUAUUCUGGGAUUAAUCUACAGAAGAAUACGUCUUGGAAAACAUCCAGUACCACAGAGUAGUCCUGCAAACUCGGAGCUUCAGGACAUCGAGCCGUACAGCACCUUCAUGAGGAGAGAGAGUGGGCUUUACUCUACUGUCAGAGUCAACACUAAUGCCAAUUAUUCAAACAUGUCUACCGGAGAGGACACACAUAGCAGGAAGUUUUUGUAGACUUCCAUCUGUUGCAGCAAUGAUGCAUGUUGAACUGUGUGACAGUGCCUGUUGUCCACAAGGUGGCGCCGUUAUGCUUUGUACCAACUUCAGUAUUCUCCUCAAACAGGAAUAAUGUAUAUCAAAGUAACUGCUGAUGUAAAUGAUGAUCGGAAUCAAUUAAUUAAACAAUUAAAAUAAAA